AAGGACUGACAGAGAAGACUUUGCCCGGAUGCAAGUCCUGGAUGCUAAGCCAUGGACUUCGAAGAUUCCAUGGUGUUCUCGUUGAUCGAAGUAGAGAAGCUCUUACCACGAUCCUUGCGAGACAACAUGCUGCCUGUGGAACAUGAGAAUGCACAACUUUUGGCAGCAGUGAUUCAGAGCAGCUUAUCUGCAAGGCAACUGCAAUGUCUGAACGCUUCUCUCAAAGCGUCCAUGACCACGCGAUCGAAAACGCCCAUGACAACGAUGCUCUCGUCACCGAAGGAGCAAAGGCCCGCGACGCCGGCCAUGGGUGAUGCCCUUCGCCCUCUUCGCCCUCUUCGUGACCCUAGUAGCGAUGACCUCCACCCUAGCAUGCUCACUUUGAAGGAACUGCGUGAAAUGGCAGGCCUGAAACGUGAAAGGGACAGAAGUGACAGAGACGAGGAUGAUGACGAUGAUAGAGCCGAUAGAGCCGAUGACGGUGGUGAAGGGACAUUUCUGGAGGAAGAUGUGACAGGGAUGGAGGAACACUUGGCGCUGAGCGUGGCUGAAGUGGUCGCCUUGUUGAUAUCCUUGCGCACAGCAAAGAAUGAAAAGGCACGGAGAGAAGCUCAUUGGGCAGAGGAACAAGCGGCAACUGUAGAAGAAUUGCGCUUUGCUUAUGAAGAGUGUCUCCAAAAUACUAGGGUAAAGCAAGAACAAGCUGAAACAUUUGCACGAGUGCUCAAGGAACCUUUGGACACAAGGGACGAAGAUGGCGACCGUUUUUGUGCUUGGAGAGAUGCCAAACUCAAAGCGCUAAGUGUGAGAGAACGAUACGAACAAGAAGUUCUUUGUUGGCAAGAAAGCCUGGAUGGGACUUUGGCCCAUUUACAGCAGGAGUUCCUUUUGGAAGAGCAAGUUUUAGCUGAGUGUUGCGAAAAGCUUGGCACUGUUGAGCGAGAGGCCGAGAUGGGAACUGAGAGUCGAGAAGUGCUUCGGGAACGACGUUGGGAGGUUGAGCAACUGGAGACCUUGCGGAAGCGCUUAGAAGAUCAGAGGCGAGAGGAGGUGGAGAAAAGCGAAGAAAGCCAAUUGCAAUAUCACCGGGAGACUCUUCAUUUUGAAGGUCAGAUUCAACGCUGCGCUGAUCUUCAGCAGGAAUUGACUGGGAAGGCUUGGAGUAUGUCCAAUCACCUGCAGAAGAAGUUGCUCGAGACUGAAGCCAUGCAUGAAGCACUUGAGGAGGAAGCAGCAUCUGAAUUGGCAUUUUCCAAAGCCCAGUCUGAGCUGCGUGAGUUGGAGAAGGAAGAGGCUGAGGCGGCUGAUGCCCGAUGGGCAUAUGUAAAGGCUGAAAAGGCUCUUGCUCCGAAACAGAGGGAAGUGGCAGAGGCAUUGAACGAAUCCUUGGAAUUGCGAAGAAGCUUGGCAUUUGCAUCUCGUGAGAACCAGGCGGCAGAAACGAGCGAAGCACGCGCGCUUCGAGACUUUCAACUCUCGCGCAAACGGAAUGCCAGUCUUCGCGAGUCGUUGAAAGGGGAACAGGCUUGCCUGGCGGAGCUUCGAGAAUCCCACAAAGAGCUCGAAGCAAAGGAUCGGAAAGUGCUGCAAGAAAGGAAGCUGGAAGCUCGUUUUUUGCAGUCAGAGGAAAGGCAUGGUGAGCUGGAUGCACUUCGAGGUGCUCUUCGAGCAGAAACAUCACAAAUUAAGACGGAGGCCGAGGCAGCCCGUCGGCUGCGGGUGGAGUUGCGGGCGAUGCGGGCACAGCAACGGCACCGCGAGCGCGUGCGACAAAGGACACCGGACCAGGUUCCAUCAGACCUGGGGUCCUUCGUGUCGGGUCGGCGAUGGGAAACGACACCCACGGCACCCACGGCAGACGACGCGUCCGUCCAUGCGGUCGUUCCGAGCGAAAUGGGGCGCAGGGAGGAGACGAGAACUCCUGAGCUGGAGAACAUGCAAAGACGAUUUGAGAGACGGGAGCGAGAGCUGCGAACUUUGAGGGCUUCCUUGUGUGUCUUAAGCUCAGACAUGGGGCAUCAGUGGUUUCAUGAUGGAAAGCAUCCAGAGAUCAACGAAAAUGGAAGCAGUUACAGUUGCCGUUUGACGAAAGCGCCGUUAGGAUUCUUUAGGUCUUCAACUUAAGUGCUCCUCUACUUGCAGUUCCUGACGGCCUAUCCAAUCUUCAGGUCUUGGUGGCGCUCUAACAGAAACGUUUUCAGAAGAGCUUACUGCAAACUAGUAGCUUCUUGUUACUAGUAGUACUGCCAGGAGCUACUAGUAGCCUCUUGCUCCUAGUAGCGAUGCCGUUUGUUACUAGUAGCAAACCAUAAUUAUUCGGCCUUUCUUCCUUUUCGUUGUUCUUUGUUUCUAAUUGCAAUGGACUUCGACCUGUUAGCGAUGGCCUCCAACCUCAUGGCGAUGGCCUCCAACCUAAUAUUUUACUGAUUUGCCUUAGGUGUUGACCUGCCCCUGAGCAGUUGUUCCAACAACCUUUACAACCCCCCGCUCUUUCUUUGUUCUCUCUCUCUAUUUCUUCCGGCAAACAACAUCUAACAUAUUCUUUCUAAACCAACACUAUAAAGGCCGUCUAAAAGUACGUGGACCUUGGUGGCAGAGCUCGUAUUUGUGUGUGUGUGUUUUCUUUUCUAUCUGUUACAUUGAAGGAAGGAAAGGAAAGGAAGGAAGCACCGUGGAUUCUGUUUGCUUUUGAUGGUGUGCUGCUUGCAAAGCUGUGCUGCCUGCAGUGGCCAAUUUAUUGAGCACUGUGCUGCAGGUGGCCAGCUACCAAAGCUGUGACGUAAAGGUUCGGAGCCAUUCCAAUGUAGCGUACCUUUUUGUGAGCCAACCGAGUGCAAAUUUGCAGGAAGGUAGGUGUCAUCCCAACGUGGCAGACCUGUGAGCCAUCCGAGGGUAAAGUUUAGAGGCGUGGGCCGUUCCAAUGUAGCAAGAUGCCUCUGUGCGCAAGUCAGUCAUGCCUGCGCAAGUGAGGUUCUUUAUAUGCGCAUGUGAGGCUUGGGACAAGGCCCCGGCCCCUUACUACUUAAAUAGGCAGGGUCGACUGCCAACUUCGCGAGGUGUUUUUUGUGCGCAAGUGAGUGGCGAGCCCAACACAGCGCCAGCUUUUGCCUAUCAAAGCCUUC